AUGGAAGAAUCUUUGAAAAAACUACCUUGGAAGUGGACACACAAGAAAACAUCGUACAAAGUGAAUUCUCCUCUAACGAUUGGGGUAGACGUUGUGUCUAGUUACAAAGUUAGGGCAGAUGCAGUUGGUGUUGAAGGAAUCUUUAACACAAGUCAUUUCAAGCGGCAGCGUGAUUGUGCUAAUAUUCUCAAGAUGCAUCCUGGGUUGAAAGGACGUGACGAAGUAUACAGUAUUUAUCCCGAUGGCAAGACAAAGAAGCGAGUGUUCUGUGACAUGACUACCGAGGGCGGUGGUUGGACGGUUAUUCAGCGACGAAUAAAUGCUGGAACUACAAAUUUUUAUCGAACGUGGAAAGACUAUAAGACAGGAUUUGGCCAAGCACGAUUGGAUUAUUGGUUAGGGAACGAUGCAAUUCACACUCUGACCUCCCAUUCAACGCAGGAACUCUGGGUAGAUUUAGAACAAUUUUCCGGAUCUAAAGCAUAUGCCAGAUACUCGAAGUUCGCCAUCGAUGGUGAAAAAAACAAGUACAAAUUGUCAAUCAGUGGCUAUAGUGGAAAUGCAGGUGAUGGACUCAGACAUCACAAUGGAAUCGUCUUUGCUACAAAAGACAGACCUGACAGUUCAAGUUGCACCAAAACGAAUCAAGGAGCUUGGUGGUAUAAUGGAUGCUAUCAUUCAAAUCUCAAUGGACCGUACCAAAAAUCAGCCUUGAACACAUACACAGCAAUUGUAUGGAUUCCAUGGAAAGACAAGACAGCCUUAAAAUCAGCACGGAUGAUGAUUCGUCCAAAAAAAUAA